AUGAGCAGUGCAAAGAAGGCGAGGCACACGGUCGCUUCUUCUUCCGCGCCUCCUGAUGACGGGAACGGGACCAGCAACGGCCACCCUUCCGCGAUCAUAGCGCCACGCUGCACCUACAGCACGAGCAAGGCGUCGGAAAAGUGCCCUCACAUCAUGGCGGGAAGGCCGAAGCGGGGAAAGAUCCUGGAGAACGCGCUGGAGAAGGUCGGGGACACGCCGAUGAUCCGCAUCAAGCACAUCGCGCAGGAGGAAGGGCUGGAGUGCGAGCUCCUGGCGAAGUGCGAGUUCUUCAACGCCGGCGGAAGCAUCAAGGACCGGAUCGCGGUUCGGAUGGUGGAAGACGCGGAGGCAUCGGGACGGAUCAAGCCGGGGGACACUCUGAUCGAGCCUACUUCCGGGAACACGGGCAUUGGCCUGGCGCUGGCAUGCGCCAUCAAGGGGUACCGAUGCAUCAUCACCCUGCCCGAGAAGAUGAGCAAGGAGAAGAUCCUUGAGCCUUGGGUAUUGACCUCCCCUCUUCGAGAUCGUAUCGAUAUCGUUGUCGUCGCUUGUGGCGCAUGUGUACAUGUGGCCAAGCUGUGGUUCCUUUCAGGACUUGAACAAACGCUCUUCUCAACAAGAAUUCUCGGCAACCCCCUCCCCCCCCCCCCCGAAGGCAUGUACGCAAACAUCUCUAACCCGAUGGCCCACUACGAGAACACGGCGGAGGAGAUUCUGGAGCAGUGCGACGGCCAAGUCGACAUGCUGGUCGUCGCGGCAGGGACGGGGGGCACGCUGACGGGCGUGGGUCGGAAACUGAAGGAGAGGUGUCCCGACGUGGUGUUGGUGGGAGUGGACCCGGUGGGGUCGAUCCUGGCUCUGCCGGAGCACCUCAACGACGAGGGGCGAUUAUCUUCCUACAAGGUCGAGGGCAUCGGCUACGAUUUCAUCCCGACCGUUCUGGACAGAAACCUGGCAGACCUGUGGGUCAAGAGCAACGACAAGGAGUCGUUCAUGAUGUCGCGCCGCCUUAUCCGAGAGGAGGGGCUGCUGUGCGGGGGAUCGUCGGGCGCGGCCGUCUACGCCGCGGUGGAGGAGGCGAAGCGGCAGCGGCUCGGGCCGGGCAAGCGUUGCGUCGUCAUCCUUGCGGACAGCGUCCGGAACUACAUGACCAAGUACCUGAGUGACGAGUGGAUGUACGAACAGGGCUUCGCCGCGACGUGCUCCCAGGGCAGACGCGUUGCGCAUGAGCCGCCGUGGAUGAACUGGAGCGAGCGCAUGGCGAGGUCGUGGUGGGCUAGCAAGAGGGUGUCGGAGCUGGAGCUGCAGACGCCACUGACCGUCUCGCCAUGCGUAACCAUCCAGGAGGCGAUCGACAUCCUCAAGAAGCAGGGGUACGACAUGGUGCCGGUUGUGUCCGAGGACAACAAGAUCAUGGGCGUCGUGACGGAGGGCAACCUGAUGGCUUGCCUCCUGAACGGGAGGGUGCAGCCGGAGGAUGUCGUCGAGAGCGUCAUGUACAAGCAGUUCAAGAAGGUGGGGCUGCAAACGCCCUUGGAGGAGCUGGCCCAUUGGUUCGACCGCGACCACUUCGCACUCGUGUGCACGGAGCAGCGGUCGUACACCGGCGGGACGUACAGCACCGUCACCGUCAUCACCGGCGUCGUGACCCGGGUCGACCUCCUGAGCUUCAUCGCCACCAGGGGCGGCGAGAGCCCCGUUUCCAACGCGGCGGCGUAACCCAACGGCACCGGCAACCCUUCCCACACCCGUCGUCUGCCGCCCUCGACACCGAGAGAAGAUGUAACUUUUACAUAUAUUUGUACCACUUGUGCUGUCUAGAUGGCCUGCGGUUCUGGGCUGAUAUUCAUGGAUUGAUUGCGUAUGCCUUGCGCUUCACAGCAGCAUCAUCCUCACGAAUUUCGCAUGCGCGCUUAGGAGGGGGUUUUGGUGGCUUGAACGGCCUUGUGUUGUUUUGGGAGGGGCCUGCGUGAACGGCAUCGAGAUGUAAAUAACAACCAGAUAAUAGUAGGGAUUAGCGUCAUCACAACCCCAUUUGCUUUUGGUUCCUACCUGCUGCAACCGACAUGCUUACCUUGGGAAUCCACUGCGGUUGCCCCUGUAGAGUUCGGGUUCGGCAUGCGCCGUUCCCGAGUAUGGGCCUGCGUGUUUCUAGGUGUAAAUUAUUUUUCUUCGGCCACAGGAGGCAGCGACCAGACGCGUGAGGCUCCGCAUUGUGCUAGCACUCGGAGUAUUCUUUGCAUUUUUUUUUUUUUUCCCACACCAAGGCCCUAAGCUCCCUUGCGGCCAAAUCCUCACCAGCUUCCAAGGCUUUUUCAGACGAAAUUCAUGUCGCCACGUUGAGGUUUUGUCACUUGUACAAGAGGCGUUUAUCUUUACAUUUUUUUGCCUGGGGAGUGGAACUGAGUCGGGUUUUGUGAGAAGUACGUGGCAUGCGUUUUGCCGGUCAA